CACAAAGGCCGCAAGCGUAGGGAUUCCCAUUGUGGAAACGGUAUUGUGGAGCCGCCGGAGGAGUGUGACUGCGGUUCUGCUUGUGACUACGACCCAUGUUGUGACACAGUAUGUCAACUGAGGGAGCACGCGGUGUGUGGUAAAGGUGGCUGCUGCCAUGACUGUGGUUUCAGAAGGAAAGGUUUCUUAUGCCGUCCCAUUCAGGAUGAAUGCGACCUCCCAGAAUACUGUGAUGGUACCACUGCCGAAUGCCCCAAAGACAGCUACAAGCAAGAUGGCACAUUAUGUGACAGAAUUUACUAUUGCUCUGGGGGUCAGUGUAAGAACCCUGAUAAGCAGUGUAUGCGUAUAUAUGGGUACCCUGCAAGAUCUGCCCCAGAAGACUGUUACACUUCGAUAAACACCAAAGGGAACCGGUUUGGAAACUGUGGCCGUGCCUCUGAGGGUCCCCCAGGAUAUGUUAAGUGUUUAAACAAUAAUGUAUUUUGUGGGAAACUUGUAUGUACAGAUGUUAGAUACUUACCACCAGUCCUCCCCCAGUAUACAAUGAUCCAGGUACCUCAUGGGGAGGACUGGUGCUGGAGCAUGGAUGCCCAUAAUGGUACUGAUAUCCCCGAUGGUGGAGAUGUGCAGGCCGGCACUUACUGUGCCCCAAACAAGGUCUGCAUGGAUCACUUCUGCACUCAUCACUCAGUGCUCAACUAUGACUGCCAGCCAGAGGCAAUGUGCCAUGGCAAGGGAGUUUGCAACAAUUUAAGACACUGCCAUUGUGAGUUUGGCUUUGCCCCUCCUGAUUGCAAAGAUCCGGGAAAUGGGGGUA